AUGAAUAAAUUAAAGACUGUAGUAGGAAUACUUUAUAAUGUAUAAAAUGUUCCUGAAAUGUAAUUGGCAACAUAAUUUUCAAUUAUUAAGUCAGAUAUAAUAUAAAUAAUACUAAGGAUCAGUAUGAAUUAUUAGUAUAUGAAUAAAAUGAUGUUGAAAUAAAUGAUAGAGUAGGAAGAUAAAUAUUUGCAUAAUUCUCAGAUCUUACACAUGAGGAAUUCACUGCUACAUAUUUCAACACUUAGAGUAAUUCCAGAAGAUUUAGAAAUACCAAAAGUAGAUAUCAGAAAUAUUAAUGUUACAUCAAUUGAUUGGAGAUGUAGAGGUUCUAUUUCAAAGAUUAAGGAUAAUGUGGAUAAUUAGAAGGAUUUUAUAAAAUUAGAAAUGGCGAUGUACAGGAUAAGUUAAUCAUGCUGUCUUAGCUGUUGGUUUCACUUCAGAAACUCUCAUUGUUAAAAAAUCAUGGUUUACGAAAUUGGAAGUUGAAG